AUGCACACCUCCUUUAACAUGGCGAGGACGAAGGAGCUGUGCAAGAAGGUAGUAAUGUUUUUAAUUGGGUUCAACAUACUGCAGCCUACAUUCCUCUUAUUCUCCACAUCCUACUAUGUUGUUGCAAGAUUUGGAUUCCAAAGGACAGAAAUUGGCACAUUUGUCAACAGAACAAAUGUCUCAAUCACAUUCAUGGCUGCGAUUUCAGCCGUUAUAAUGUCUCUGUAUCUGCUGUGGGUAGCUCCAAAGUUUGGUCUGACUAAGUACAACCACUUUCUAUCAAUCUUGACAACAGUCUUGGCAUUCGUCUUUGAUGCGCUGGUACUAAUAGCUUAUACUUGUGGAGGAGCAACGGGUAAUAUCACCUUCUACUACUGGGCGCUGGUUAUGACUGCGAUUUGUCUCGGCACCAACCAACUGCUCUGUCCCUCAGUUGACCCAAAGAACAUUCCACUCUUCUCUUUUGGCAUUCCUGUGUCUGAAUUGCGGGUGUUUUUUUACCACGUAAUAUUCAGGCAUAUUGUUGCAAAGUAUAACAUUUCCAACAUUGACUUUAAGCUUGUGACUGGUCAGCUUUCCAUAGCCGUUACUGCGUCGUUUUUAGCUGCCGUCUUAUGGGUGUAUUGCUACCAUGAUACGGGGCAUGCAUCAGAUGGAAUUUGCAUAGAGAUUGAAAGGACCUCCAACUAUGCAUGCAAGGUUGGUGAGCAAAGCGUUGAUGUCAUGGUAAAACAAGAGCCCAAAGUUGAGGGAUUCAAAAGGUAUGAGCAUUCUGUGGAUGGUGUAAAACCUUUUAAAAUAUUAAAUCUAUCGAAUAAAAAUGUACCCAUUGGAGAAGUUACGCUACCCACUGGCACACUGCGCAAAGUCGCCGUUUAUACAAAUGACUCUGAUACAGCUCUCCUUGUGGAGAUCCUUACAGAGUGCAGUACAGACAAAAAAAUCUCAGUGUCUACUUAUGACUACUUUUUUUUCAAUGCAGUUGUUUCAAAAUGGUUUGGCUACAGAAUAAACGAUGGCCAAGAAAUGGAUAGUAACACUUUAAUCGCAGUAUUAACAAGACUUAAAGUUGACAUGAUGAGCGAGAUUCCAGAGGACAUUGUGAAGACUCUUGAACCCACAAAUAGAAACACGGACUUUUGGCUUGCUCUUAAGCGGGGGUACCCAUUCAUGCUAAUGUUUGGACUAUCAAUAGCGUUCCUUUGUGCAUUUUAUCCCGCUAUAGUCCCGUACAAACUUAUAGAUCCAACACGUGGUUACUAUGUAGACCUUGUUAGCGUGUUCAUUCGCACGAUACCACCUCUUUUGAAUUGCGUAGUAUGCAAUGUGGAUUCCCUAAAGAAAUACUCUCCGCAAUGUGACUGGAGAGAGAAGAGGGGAUGGAGGUUCUCGUGGCUCAUUUUUAUCCCAUAUUUGUUCGCAAUUCUUGUUGCUCUUCUCAUUCUUCAUUAUCCAAAUUUGGCAGUCUGCAAACUCAUGAAAAACAAUGCGACAUUCGUGGGAAUACUGACAACAAUGAUUGGUGUUAGCUUUGUUACUGGUAGGUCUAUUGGAUUAACGGCACUGCCAUAUCAGAAAAGUGCCAAUAUAGACCCACUAACCGGAAAGCCCAUGAGCAAUGUUGAUAGCAUGAAUACAAAACUAAUGUGUUCAUGCAUGCUCAUGUAUUAUGCACUUUCUGUUGUUAUAAUUCCAGCUGGCAAUGGCUAUCACAAAGCAUAUUCUCAGUAUGAACAAGACAGAGACCACUGGCCUACUAAAGACUUUGGAUUCUGGAGGUCACUAGGAUUUUGGAUUUCUGAGACAAUGAAAGAGGGAACGAAUAUUUUGAGAUGUUCCUUCACCACUGACUUAACCAGGCAUAUGUCUCGAAACUAA